AUGUACAACACAAAACAAGAGGGUGCAACACAGAAUAAAGUGGGUACAUCACAAAACCAAGAGGGUAUAACACAGAACCAAGUGAGUACAUCGCAAAACCAAGCAGGCACAACACAAAACCAAGAGAGUGCAACACAGAACCAAGUGAGUACAUCACAGAACCAAGAGGGUAUAACACAGAACCAAGUGGGUACAUCACAGAACCAAGAGGGUACAACACAGAACCAAGAGGGUACAACACAGAACCAAGAGGAUACAACUCAAAACCAAAACCAAGAAGGUACAACAUUAAGCCAAGAGGAUGCAACACAGAACCAAGUGAGUACAUCACAGAACCCAGAGGGUACAACACAGAACCAAGAGGGCACAACACAGAACCAAGUAGGUACAUCGCAGAACCAAGAGGGUGCAACACAGAACCAAGUGAGUACAUCGCAGAACCAAGAGGGUACAACACAGAACCAAGAGGGUACAGCACAAAACCAAGAGGGUACAUCACAAAACCAGGAGGGUGCAACACAGAACCAAGUGCGUUUAUCACAGAACCAAGAGGGUACAACACAGAACCAAGGUACAACACAGAACCAAGAGGAUAAAACACAGAUCGAAGAGGGUACAAAACAGAGCCAAGAGAGUACAACACCAAACCAGGAGGAUACAACACAGAAUCUAGUUGGUACAACAGAGAACAAAGAGGGUACAUCACAGAACCAAGGCGGUACAACACAGAAUCAAGUGAGUACAACACAGAACCAAGAAAACACUACACAGAACCAAGUUGGCACAACACAGAACCGAGAGGAUACAACACAUAACCAAGAGAACACAGCACACAAGCAAGUUAGCAAAACGCAGAACCAAGUGAGUACAACACAGAUCCAAGAGGGUACGACACAUAACCAGAAAAAAGUUAGUACAUCACGGAAGCAAGACGGUACAACACAGAUCCAAGAGGGUACAACACAGGCACUAAAAGGGUACAACACAGAACCAAGAGGGUACAACACAGAACCAAGUGAGUACAAUAGAUAUCCAGGUGAGUACAACACAGAACCAAGAGAGUACAACACAGAACCAUCACAGAACCAAAAGGGCGCAACACAAAACCAAGAAGGUACACUACAGAACCAAGUGAGUGUAUCACAGAACCAAAAGGGCACAACACAAAACCAAGAAGGUACACUACAGAACCGAGAAUCAGACAUAACUGGUCAUUUGCAACAAAGAACCAAAAGGUGGAACACGUAA